AUGUUGAAGGUCCUCUGCCUCGUGGCACUCGCUGUGGGCGCGUCAGCCGUAGCUACAGUCAAGGCCCAUGUCGAGCGCGACUACAACGCCAAUCUCAACGUCAAACUCUCAGUGGCAAGCGGUCUUCUGGACGCUCCAACUGACGGCCGCAUCGUGUUGAUGUUCGCGCCGAACGGGACUGAUCCCCUCAAUGACACAGAUGUUACGUCUUCUCCCAGCAAGAUCUUCGGAAAGAACGUAUAUAGAUUCGGUUCAAACGAGACGAUCACACUCUCGGGGGGAAACAAUGACACUACCCCAACUGGUGUUUUUGGCUGGCCUAACGUCAGCCUGAGCGAUAUCGACCCGGGUACUUACAGCGUGCAAGCGUUCCUCACCAGGUACGAGACAGUGACCCGCAGCGAUGGUUCGAAAGUCAGCGUUCGGUUCCCGUGCGGUGACGGUGCGCCAGAUGUCAACGGAUUCGGUAGUCUGAUCACACCCGCUACGGACAUCGAGAUCUCUGGAGGUGCGCAGACUUUUGAGCUGACCUUCAACAACAUCACGAAGGCGGAGUCUUUCGCUGGUAAAGAGGUCGGCGGAUGUAACCAAGGCAACUACAAAGAGACCGACAAGCUGAAGCACGUCAAGAUUCGCAGCAAGAAACUGAGCAAGUUUUGGGGUCGCGACAUGUACGUUGGUGCCAACGUUGUUCUGCCUGCUGGAUACGACGCAAACGACACGAAGACCCGAUACCCUGUCAUCUACAACCAGGGUCACUGGCCAGACGAUGGAGGAGCCUACAGGUACGGCGUGAACAAGACUUUCACAGCGGCCUGGGAUGCAGGCGUGAUUCCUGCUACCAAUACAACAGCAGAGCGUCCAGCGCCCAAAUUCGUCCUCGUUACGUUCCGCCACGAGGCGCCUUACUACGAUGACUCGUAUGCUGUAAACACAGCAAACUUGGGGCCGUACGGCGACGCCAUUAAUGAAGAGCUGAUUCCGUACAUGGAAGAUGAAUUCCACACCAUCCGCGCACCUUAUGCGCGAGUCCAGGACGGCGGAAGCACGGGCGGAUGGGAAAGUAUCGCCAACGUCGUGUACCGUCCGGACCUCUUUGGCGUGUGCUUCUCAUCAUACCCGGACUCCCUGGACUUCCACCGGCAUCAGGACAUUGAGCUGUACAGCGCAGCCAACGCAUACCAGCGUGCCGAUGGCAGUCUCGUGCCGAGCAUCCGCACGUUCGAAAACGGCAGCGAAGUGAUCCUGGCCACAGCCGCGCAGGAGAACCACUGGGAACUGGCCUUUGGCACGGCGUCGCGCUCAUCCAACCAGUGGGAUAUUUGGAAUGCUGUGUUUGGCGUGCAGGGCUACAACAACUACCCACUGGAGCCGUGGGACAAAGUGACUGGCGAGAUCUACCCAGAGGCAGUCGACUUCUGGAAGCUGUUCGAUCUCAGCGCGUACAUUGUCGCCAACUUCAACUCGUCGCGCAACCUCGGCGCCGCGCUCGCCGGCCGUCUCUUCGUCUACGUCGGCACGUGGGACGACUACUUCCUCAACGAAGGCGUCAUGGAGUUCCAGAAGCGCACCGAUGCCGUCGGUGGCCCGGGGUGGGCUAACGUCACCAUCCUGCCGGAGAAACCGCACGGGGGCAACUACCAGGCGCGUGGGAUCUGGGACUACCUUGAGUUGGUCGACGGGUGGGUCAAAGACCACGCUCCCGGUGGCGCGAACCCGCUCACGGCCUCGGCGACCGCUGCAUCGACGCGCGGAAACGUGUGGGACGAGGUCAUCGCGAACGGCGGCCGUAAAGCAGCCAUCGAGCGGCAGGCAGACCCCGAGAUCCACGGCGGCAAAGCAAAGGUCGGCCAGAACGUGUCUGCGAGCGUCGGCCGCUGGGACCCCGGCGUCAAGCUCACGGCGCAGUGGGUGCUCAACAGCAAGCACACGGGCGCGUCGUUUGGCACCGCCCAGGGUGCUAACGUCACGUGUGCGCCGACUGCGACGGGCCAUGUGCAGCUGCUGGUAACAGGCGAGAAGCGCAACUAUGUGACCGAGACGCGGAAGAGCGCGAGGGUGCUUGUCGUGCGGUAG